AUGCAGUUGGAGGACUGGCUGGAUGACCUAUGUGUCCGAUUUAUCAUAAACUUACCCCCAGAGGAGCUUCAAUCUGUGGAGCGAAUCUGCUUCCAAGUCGAGGAGGCACAAUGGUUCUACGAGGACUUUAUCCGUCCUCUUGACCCUUCGCUGCCGUCUCUUUCUCUACGCGCAUUCAGUCUACGGAUCUUUCAGCAUUGUCCCCUUUUCUCACAAUGGUCAGCACAACACCAUACAACCGCGUUCGCGGAAUUCCUGGCCUACAAAUCACGUGUCCCGGUGCGUGGCGCUAUCAUGCUCAAUGAGGCCAUGGACGAAGUUGUCCUGGUGAAAGGCUGGAAGAAGAGCGCCAAUUGGAGCUUUCCGCGGGGCAAAAUCAACAAGGAUGAAAAUGACUUGGACUGUGCGGUACGCGAGGUUUACGAAGAGACUGGCUUCGACAUCCGGGCGGCAGGACUGGUGAAAGACGAAAAAGACAUGAAGUACAUCGAAGUCACCAUGAGGGAACAGCACAUGAGGCUAUACGUAUUCCGAGGAGUACCCAGGGAUACGCACUUCGAGCCGAAGACACGAAAGGAAAUCAGCAAGAUCGAAUGGUACAAGUUGACGGAUUUGCCGACGUUGAAGAAGAGUCGUCAGCAGGAAGGGAGUGGCAUAGAGCAGCCUUCUCUUAAUGCGAACAAAUUCUAUAUGGUGGCGCCUUUUUUGAAUCCACUUAAGAAAUGGAUCGCACAGCAGAAGAAGAAAGAGAAUCGGUACAGCUCGCAUCUUGCAGCACCUCCCAUGGUACCUGAGGAGGUCAGCACCGGAGACGAUCGCGACAUUGAUGGUGUGGGAGCGGCACUCGCAGAACCCAGAAAGCAAAUCUCCAAUGAUCUGCCUGAGGUCUCUGCGCCCCCGGCAUUUGAUCCGACGUCGCGCCUGAAAGAAAUCCUCAACAUCGGCUCUGCACAACCUUCGCAACCUCCUCAACCUGCGCGACCUUCGCAGCCCUUGCUGCUUGAACCUACGCCACGACAUACUACUCACAUGCCACAGGUGGAUACGGAGAAGUCACAUGCACUUUUGACACUGUUGCGGUCUGGUCCCCAGGGUCCGCCUAUCCCACCCCCUCAUACACCGUUCGAGCAGAUCUUGACCUUGCCAGAGGCACAACAGUCACCUCACAGAUCGCAUGUGCGCCCGCCACAGCUGGAUCAAGGCCAACCGCCGCCGCACUUCCUCCAGCAGCCCCAGGAUCAGUCUUCCUCCCAACACUUCAAUGGACCCACCACAGGGUCACCUAUGGAGCGGCCUACCAGGCCCGACUCAUGGCACCCAGGGGCUCAUGUGGCGCCUUACCAGCAAACAGGGGAUCCUCAUUUCGCGCAGCAGGGACUGGGACCGGGAUCGCAACCGCGUGUGCCUCCCGCGAGCGCACUGCCGAAAUUGACGAACCAUACAAAGGCAUUGUUAGACGUGUUUAAGGCUGCACCAAGCCCACCUGCCACGAUGACGGCCCCGGCAGACAAACAGUUGGCCAGUGAGCAAGGUCGGAUCGGUGCAACCACUGGCAGCGUUGAGAAAAAACCGAGUCCCUACCCAGAAAUACGGUCUUUACCGAACCCUGAUGAUGCACAUAGGACCUCUCUCCUUGAUCUGUUCAGUCAACCACCAAAACCCAGGCCAGCUGAAAUACAGACUCUCCGUCAAACUCCCCCAGUUGAACUCGCGGCUACAGCCCCGAUCGCUUCUGCCAGAGAGCCACAAGACAGCAACAAUGAGUUGCUUCUUAGCCUGCUGAGACACGAUGUCAAAGCGUCGAAACGGCAUGAUGUGGAACCUCAGCGUCCAUCUCCUCGUGAGGGCGAGACAGCUGCGACUGUGAGCGGGCCUCUGAAUCAGCCCGAGUUUGACGCGGUUUCAAAAACAGCAAGGCAGAUGACCAGUGAAAUGCGACGAAGCCCGCCGUCUACGAAUAGAACGCUUUAUGAUCCGCAUCAACCUGCGCCUGUCAAGAUCUUGACGAGAACCGAGGAAGCUCGUGCGCCGGCUCCACGAUCUCCUCGAGGAUUGAAAGGACCACCAAAACGAACAGUUCGGGAGAAAGCGACACCAAGGGCUCUGAGCAAACCGUUUCAACCCCAGAUCCUCCGACGGCCACAGAACAGCGAAGCAUCUGACGCGUCGCCACAGCCCGCGAUUGCAACCGUCGACAGGACCGCAACCCAAAAGGCCGGCGCAGCGAGGGCUGCACCAUCUCCAUCUCCUCCUGCAGUGCCAUCGGAUGGAAGUGAAAUGCAGACACCCCGGCGCCAGUCUUCACGAGCAGAGGAUCAGAAGCAAAGAUUGCUAUCUCUAUUCGGUGGUACAUCAAACACUACGCCAAAGGCUUCCACAGGUCAGUCUGGGUCGGGCGUUGUCUCCCCACUCUCGGCGAGUCAACUUUAUGCUGGCGACGUUGAGACGCCGUUGUCUGGCAUGGAGCCGAUCUCGACUCGGACAUCGCGGGUGGGCAGUCUUGCGUCCAUCGGUAGUGGGCCGGCAAUGGGGCGUUCAGCCGGCGAGAAACGACAGACGGGAGCUGAGAACAAGGCUUUCUUAUUGGGCUAUUUGGGCAGGAUUGCAGACCAGGAGAAUUGA